AUGCGACUGCGGCCGUCCGUGGGGAAGUACAGCGCCGAUCAGUCGGAGGUGGUAUCGGAAUGCGCCCUGCAGCUGCGCAGGAUAGGCGACAAGUGUAACCUGCGGCAGAAGAUCCUGAACCUCCUCACGAAGCUCUUCUGCCCGGAGAUAUGA